GGUGGGGAGAAGAAUGAUAAGAUAAAAAUUAAUCCAAUCAAGACAACCUUCCAUGUUAGAACUCUGAUAGUUAAUGUAUCUAUGACCUGCGAGCUUCCAACUUCUAAUGUAGAGGAGAAUAGACGACUGCCUUUUAGGGUUAUCUGA